UAAAUAUCAGAAACGAAAUCUCCGCAUCCUCUACCGCUUAUUUCUCACUUAAGCUUCGUCUUCGUCGAGAUUCAUAUAAAAGAAAAAUAAAAGAAAAUCUUAAGGGGUGAAAUUUUAGAGUUUGGAUUUGCAUAUGGAAAUCUAUGAGGAGAAUCCUAUCAGAAAUCGUACCUAUAACUUACGUGUUUUGAAUGUGCUGGAGAGAGGGCGUUCAGGUUCCCUGAUAUUUAGCAGAAUCAGGAGCGGUGGAGACAACGGCGGCUACGAUGACGACGAUCUCGUUGAAAGGCAGUUGUUGUAUCGGAAGCUUCCUGAUCAAAAUCUUCUCAACCUCUCCAUUCUAAAGCUCGACGGUUCUCUUUUUGGUGUAGAUGUUGGAGGGAAUGCUACAGUUUCAGAGCUUAAGGUAGCUAUAGAGGAACUUUUUGCAGAACCGCCAGGGGAAACUCAAGGCUGUAUUUCAUGGUCUCACGUUUGGGGGCACUUUUGCUUGGUUUAUGAAGGUCAGAAGCUGGUUAACAACAAGGCUUGCAUUAGAAAUUAUGGGAUCAAAGAUGGGGAUCAGCUUGAAUUCGUCAGGCACAUGUCUGUUAACCAAUCACCUAUCGAAAGGUGUUUAAAACAGCACAAUGAUCCCUGCAAAUGCUUGCCACCAAGAUCUUGUUAUGAUGAAGAGAGACAACAGAAUCCUGUGAAUAAUCAUAACUACAAGGAUGAAAAUCAAGAGUAUUACGAAGACGAAGAGGAGGCAACAUCUCUGCCAGAGUUCAAGUUUGCUCACUUCUUAAGGCGAUGGAUCUCCUACACCAGAUUGCGGGGUGCUUCGCGAAGGAUGUUGGAAGGCCGGAGUUGUUCUCCAAGGUUCAAUCUGCACCGUUGAGGAGUUUCUGAUCAUCCACCAGCCGUAACCAAAAAAAAAAAAAGAGUGAUGGCUUUCGCACUGCAUUGUGCCAUUGGUCUGGUAUUUUGUUUGUUGAAGAUUUCUCUGAGACAAUCUGGAUGUCAGUGAAGAGUCAAUCACUUGCUUACCAGGACUAGUUUAAUGUAAUUGUUUACUUACCAGGAUGUAUAUGGAGCUUUUUUUUAAAAGCUAAAAUGAUGGGCAGCCAGUUUCCGAUGCCUACAUAUGGUUUUUUUAU